AUGAAGUCCAAGCUGAUGGAUAACCUACGAGAGCGGAUGAGCUCUUGUGGGACCACCACCAUAAAGUACUUGCUGUUUGUGUUCAACCUCAUCUUUGCGAUUUCAGGGCUGAUCCUUCUGGUCGCGGGCAUCAUCGUGUUGGUGGAUGUCAACGACUAUCAACACUUCGUGCAGGACCGCUUGAUAGCCCCACCGGUCGUGCUGAUCGUUGUUGGAUCGUUUGUGUUCUUGGUGGCGUCGCUGGGCUGCUAUGGCGCUAUCAAAGAAUCACCUAAAUUGCUGAACGCGUUCGCCGUCUUCCUGCUGAUCGUUUUCUUGAUCGAGGUUGCGGUAGCCAUUGCGGCGAUCGCAUUCAAGGCAGACCUGCAGGACGCGCUGAAGACGCAGCUGGAUAAGUCGAUCAUACGACACAAUAAGGCCGACUUGGUGGCUUGGAACAGCGUGCACAUGAAUAUGAUGUGCUGUGGAACUAAUGGCCCGAAGGAUUGGUACGACAACUUCAACCGGACCAUCCCUGCAUCAUGCUGCAAACCAGACCUGAUCGAACCUGAGACGGGAGAUUGCAAAAACGCUCAACCGUUGUUCAUGGACCGUUAUUAUCAGGAUGGCUGUCUAAUGAAACUGGAAGACCACUUUCACAAGAAUGCUGUGGUUUUGAUCGCCGUAGGGUUCGCAAUCGCCAUAUUCCAACUGCUGGGGGUAUUUUUCGCUUGCUGGUUGUCAACAUCCAUUAAAAGAAGCCAUGCUUAA